AUGGACGCGCUCCAUGGCGUCGAGGACGACGUCGAGAAGAAGCGCCACAUGAAGAACCCGUGGAAGGAGUCGUACCAGUCGUUCCUUGGCUCUUCCUUCGGACCGUCCAGCGACAUGGCGCCUGCGUCGACCCAGGAGCGCCAGCGCUCCGUCGACCUGCAGCAUGAGAUCAGCAAGAGCUCCCUGAAUGUGCAUAUCCGAUUAGAGCUCUUGCAGCGCCAGAUCGACGACUUGGCCAAGGCCAGCACCAAUGUGCGAAAUCAGCUCGCGUUCAAGAUCCAUGUCUAA